AGUUGAUGAAAAUGAAAAAAAACGAAACGAAGCAAACGACAUAUUUCAGCAUUAUUUACACUCAACGAUUGAAAACCUACAACUAAUGACAAAACUUCAAAGUUUCGCUGCAACAAACCAGGCUCAAGAUAAACAAAAUGACAUACAAUACAAAUUAAAGGGAAUUCAAGAACGAUGUAAGCAACUUCAAUGGUCGGCUGCAAUAAACCAGCCUCACCCAAGCACAGAACAUGAAUUGCAGUUGCAACAGUGGAAAUACUCGGGUGAAUCAACAAAACAUAGAAACCUUUUGUUAAAAUUAUGUGAUCACAAAGACGAGAUUAAACUUUUGGGCAAUGUGCGAGUAAUUUUCUCAAAUGAGUUCUGCAUCGGCGAAGGAAGUAAUGGCACCCGUGUUUAUCUUGGACUGAGAAAAGAUGGUUACGGUAAGGCAGUGAAACGAAUAAUUCGAGAUAACUGGAUCAGAUAUGCACAGCAAGAAAAGAAAAUUUUCAACCAAUUCGAAAAAAGGAAGUCAAAAUAUGUCGUAAAUUAUUCCUACCUUGAAGACGAUACAGGAACGGACUUUGUUUAUUUAAUAUUAGACUUAUGCGAAGAAUCAUUGGAGAGUUUUGUCAAGUCUUCUACUUUGAAUGAUCUUCAAAUAGUUCUCCCUAAGAUUCUCAAACAAAUUUUACAAGGAUUAGCUGAUCUUCAUAGCGGCCCACGUCCUAUACUUCAUAGGGAUUUGAAGCCUUCCAAUAUUCUCCGUGACCUAAACAGCGAUUUUAUGUUAGCUGACUUUGGCAUUAGUCGAAUAUUGGAAGAUGGCGCCAAAACAUUUACAAGCCUUGCCAACGUGGGAACUGAGAACUGGAUUGCUCCUGAAUCAUAUGAUGAAGACGAAGAGUCAAUUGAUAAAGGACGCUACACAAAAGAGUCUGAUGUAUAUAAUGCGGGGAUGGUGGCUUAUUAUGUUGCAACAAAAGGGAAACAUCCUUUUGGAACUAGAGAGCUUAGAUUGCACAAUAUGCUGAAUGGAAAGCCUGUUGGCUUGAUGGAAAUCAAAGAUGAAGCACUGAAAGAUCUUCUGUCGUGGAUGUUAAAUCGACAACCAGAAGACAGGCCAUCAGCCAAUGAGGCAUUAAAACACCCAUUUCUUAUGUCAGACGACGAGAAAUUUGACUUAUUAUGUAAAGUUGGAAACCUAGAGCCGAUUGACGGAAACGAUCCCAACUCAAUUGCCGUUCAACAAUUGAACAGCGAAUCCUCAGAUUGGAGAAGUCAAAUGGAUGGUGAUGUGUACGAUUAUUUUAGAACGAACGUGAAGAAUGGAAAGAUGCUUAAUUAUGGAUCUUCUUGGACAAAAUGCUUAAGACUUAUUCGAAAUGUUGGCCAUCAUUGGUACGAACUAACACGGUCAAGACCACAACCAGAACCAUUUUAUAAGAUUGGCGAUCACAAGAACUACUUUCUCAAAACAUUCCCCAAUCUCCCUGUUUGGGUGCACGCAGCUGUCAGGUCAGAUGAUGAAUUGAAAAACAAUAAAGAACUCAAUGACAUUUUCAACUUGAAUCCUUCAUAAAUGUAAAGUGAAAAAACUUUUUACAACCAACUUGGAUAAUACGUAACCCCAUUAACUGCUAUAACGUAAUUAAUUAAUUUCACCUACGAUGACAGUGAGAUUUUACAAUCCAAAGUAAAGGAUGAAAAAUCACGUGGUCAGUAUUGAUGUACAAAAUUGUUAACUGGCUCAAAUAUUCUUACUUUCGUGAAUAAAGGAAAAUGUGAAAUCUUAAAUUUAAUAAAUUUGAUGGUCUUAGGCUGUAUCGUUAUGAUUUGAAAA